CCAGGCUCGACAGCGGGCACCGAGUCAUCUGGCAGAACAGCGGGCACCGAGUCACCAAGCUCGACAGCGGGCACCGAGUCAACUGGCACGACAGCGGGCACUGAGUCACCAAGCUCAACAGCGGGCACCGAGUCACCAAGCUCGACAGCGGGCACCGAGUCAACUGGCACAACAGCGGGCACCGAGUCACCAAGCUCGACAGCGGGCACCAAGUCAUCUGGCACGACAGCGGGCACCGAGUCAUCUGGCAGAACAGCGGGCACCAAGGCACCAGGCCGGACCACGGGCACCGAGGCACCAGGUCGGACCACGGGCACCGAGGCA